AUGAGCGUCCUACUAGAAACGUCCUUGGGUGACAUUGUCAUCGACCUCUUGGUCGACGAAUCGCCUAAAGCAUGUGAGAACUUCCUGAAGCUCUGCAAAAUCAAAUAUUACAACUUCUCGCCGUUCUACAGCGUCCAGAAAAACUUUUCCUUCCAGACUGGCGAUCCAAUCGGCCCCGAUUCCUCAGAUAGCGAUGGCGGAUCAUCGAUCUGGGGUUUGUUGGAGUGGCCCUCGAAACAAGCCGUUCCCCUCGCCCUCCCUCCGAAACUGAAACACGAUGAGAAGGGCACUGUGAGCAUGGCCGCUGUUCCCUCCCCACAUGAUCCUGAUCUUCGCCUUAUCACUAGCCAGUUCAUUGUUACGUUAGGGGACAAUCUUGAUUACCUGGAUGGCAAGGCAGUGAUUUUUGGGAAGGUGGUGGAGGGCUUUGAUGUGCUUGAGAAAGUCAACGAAGCCUUUAUAGAUGACCGAGGCCGGCCGCUCAAGGACAUCCGCAUCCGUCAUACAGUAGUGCUCGAUGACCCUUUUGACGACCCGCCAGGCUUGGUGGAACCACCGGAGAGUCCCUUGCCAACGAAGGCGCAAUUGGCUACUGUCAGAAUUGCGGAUGAUGAGGAUCUUGGGGAUGACAUGGAUGAGGCGUCUAUGGAGAAACUCCGGCGGGAGCGUGAGGCGCGAGCACAAGCCUUAACCUUGGAGAUGGUCGGGGAUCUCCCAUUUGCCGAGGUGAAGCCUCCGGAGAAUGUCCUGUUUGUCUGCAAGUUGAACCCUGUGACUCAAGAUGAGGAUCUGGAGCUUAUCUUUAGUCGCUUCGGAAAGAUACUAUCUUGCGAGGUCAUCAGAGAUAAACGAACGGGCGACAGUUUACAGUACGCCUUUAUAGAGUUUGAGAACCAAAAGGAUUGUGAGCAGGCGUAUUUCAAGAUGCAGGGGGUGUUGAUAGAUGAUCACCGAAUUCAUGUUGAUUUCUCCCAAAGUGUAUCGAAGCUGUCCGAGAGCUGGCGAAAUGCCACUGUAACGAAACGAAGUGCGCAAAGGGGCGGCUUUGGUGGCGUAGCUGGUCUUGAGAAGAAGCGCCAGUAUAGAGCAAGCGAAAACGCUCGCGAGCGCACCGAUUACAACAUGGUUUUCGACAAAAAAGAUGGCAAGCGGUCUUUACCUGAGAUAGUGGAAGCCCCAGGCGAGAUUCUUACCGGAGCCGUCGUCGUGACAGGUCGUAUAGUCGAAGUCCGCCACGAAAAGACACUCACCGUGACCGAAAUAGGGGCGACUAUUACGAAAAUGAUCGACGACGUGGCUAUCGUGACGACGACAGAUAUAGAGACAGCCGACAUCGAUAGCAGAAGACCGGGAUGGACGGAGCAUGUACCUCUUAUUAACGCGUGA